AACGGGUACAAAAGGAACUUAAUUUAUCCAAUUUCUUUAUCAAUUAUAAAUUAAAUUUAAUAAAAUAAAAUAAAACCCUUCCCCUGCUUACAACACCCACCUCCACAUCCCAAAAGCGCCGUUUCCAUCUCCCUUAUCUCCUAUGCACGGCCUCACCGCCUCGCCGUCAUCAUCUCCCUCCAUCGCCACUGUGCUGAGCAACACCCUACCCGUUCAAACCGUCGUGCCAUGCCAUGCCGUGCCCGCCACGCCCCACUUCACCGUCCAAGCAGUCGCCUACCUUCUUACCAUGAUACCAUCCCAGCCAUCGCCCAACCACCAAUAUUUCAUACCUUCCCUUUUUUACUUUUAAUUUUUUUGUGGCUUCCAACGGUCGUUAUGGUGAUGUUAGUUCAUUUUGUGUUGAGUUGGGUUUGUUGGCUGUUCAGGUGUGCGUUUCACGGCCACCAGGGUGGACGCUUUUUCGUGGGGUGGGGAGCCUGUUGAGGUGGUGGUUUAAUUGAAUGGAUGAGAGGCUGUUGCGGUGGCUUUUGCUUUUCUGGAUGGCGUGAAGGUCGGGCUAUUGGCGGGAAAGGAUGGGCGGGGCACAAAAGUAAUUCUUGAGAGUAAUAAGGAUGUGGCCCGGGCUGGUGCAAACGGCAAAGGAAGGAGGAGCCGAUGUUAUUGAGUCAUAUGUGUUUUGGAAUGGUCAUGAGCUUUCUCCAGGCAAAUAUUAUUUCGGGGGACGAUUUGAUCUAGUCAAGUUUGUGAAGAUAGUUCAAGAUGCUGGGAUGUAUAUGAUUCUGCGAAUUGGCCCGUUUGUUGCUGCUGAGUAUAAUUUGGGAGGGAUACCUGUUUGGUUGCACUACAUUCCAGGCAGCUUCUUUCGAACUGAUAGUGAGCCCUUUAAGAUAGGAUUGGAAGGAGAAAGCCUAGGUAUAUACAAGCCAAAUUGCGUGAAUUGUGUGAAAUGGGUAUCAACUACAGAACCACCAAAAAAUCAGCCUUUGACAUGGUACAAGACUAUUGUUGACCAACCAUCAGGGGAGGAUCCUAUUGCUCUGGAUAUGCUUGCCAUGGGGAAAGGUCUAGCUUGGUUAAAUGGAGAAGAAAUUGGAAGAUACUGGCCCAAGGAAAGCCCUCUUGACGAUCAGUGUGUUCAAGAAUGCGAUUAUAGAGGCACGUUUUCCCAGUGGAAAUGCCCCACUGGAUGUGGAGAGCCAACACAAAGAUGGUACCAUAUUCCACGGUCUUGGUUCCAGCCAACUGGAAAUGUUCUAGUUAUUUUCGAGGAGAAAGGUGGAGAUCCAACAAAAAUCAAGUUUGCAAAACGUAAAAUCUCAGGUAUGUGUGCACUUGUUGGCGAAGAUUACCCCUUGGCAACUGUGAAUCUCAAGUGCCCCAAGAACAGUAGCAUCUCGGAAGUAAAAUUUGCAAGUUUUGGAAAUCCUGAGGGAACAUGUGGAUCCUAUAGGAAGGGACAUUGUCAUGAUCCUACUUCUACUUCUGUGAUUGAGAUGGCGUGCUUGAAUAAAAAUGAGUGUGCCAUAGAACUAACAGACGAGACUUUCGAUAAGGUAUAUUGUACGUGUGAAACUAAAAAGAAACUAGCAGUGGAAGUAGUAUGCAGCUGAACAUAUAUAUUCUUUUAGCGGUGCAGUCACCCAAACUAAAGAAAUUAUCAAAGCAGCAGGGAUUCGAGGUGCUCUUCCCUUUAAUUUCUAUUCAUUUCCAUAACUCUAGGUUCUG